CAAACCCUCGCCGGCUAAGUUGAAGAGCCCGCUUCCACCUAGGUCUCCCUCUUCUAACCCACUUAAGCGGAAGGUAUGAAGACCGUUCCUGAGAAUUCCAUCUCUGGAUUGUCUGAUUCGGGUAUGAAGGUGGUAGUGCGCUUGCUGCCGCCAUCCAAGGACGGAGAUGAAGGGGAUAAUAUAAUACAAAAGGUUAUGUGUCGAUGAAGUUAGCGGACAGUGGGCAGAUGCAGAUGAAUUCUUUAAUGAGGAACAGGCUAUGUGAAAGAGACCAGGCUAUUCGCAAACUGGAAAGGGAAAUAGAAGAUAAAGAUAGGGAAUUGCAAUCAAUUAAAUUAGACAACGACGCAGCUUGGGCCAAGGAUGAUCUUCUGCGGGAACAAGAUAAGGAAAUAGCAACUUAAAGUGGAAGAGGCACUAUCAGCAUUGACAUGUACAUGUGAUUUUAAGCAAGAACCAGGAGAGUGAGAGUUUUAGUGUGCCGUAUUUAGAAUUUGCCGAUAUCUUUUUCCCGUUUCAGCAAGUAUUCCUGAUAGUGGGGAUUCUUCCAGUAAUGCUAGAUAUUGGUACUAACAACGAGAAGUUACUUAAUGAUUCUCUUUGAUUUAUUGGAGUUGAGGAGUCCCACAAUCUUUAUGUUCUGUUUGUUUUUCCAUCACUUUUUCAAGGCUGUUCAAUUGGAGUUCCAUCUUCAGGUUGACGUGAUUGUCUUGACAGAUGGAAGUCGUAUUCUUGGCCUCGGUGACCUUGGAGUUCAGGGAAUAGGAAUACCUAGAUUGGAGGGAGAAGAGUAUCUAUCUAUUGUUGAUGAAUUUAUGGAAGUCGUGGAUACAUGUUGGCCUAAAGCUAUUGUUCAGUUUGAGGACUUUCAAAUGAAAUGGGCUUUUGAAACAUUACAACGUUAUCGUAAGAGGUUCUGCAUGUUCAACGAUGACAUACAAGGAACUGCUGGUGUUGCUCUCGCUGGACUAUUGGGAAAUGUGAGAGCUCAAGGGCAGCCAUUGAGUGAUUUUGUUAACCAAAAGAUAGUAGUGGUAGGGGCUGGAAGUGUUGGGCUCGGUGUUCUUAACAUGGCUAUUCAGGCUGUUUUGAGAAUGGUAGGGAACAACGAUUCUACUGCAAGAAAUCGAUUUUUUUUCUAAUAGACAAAGAUGAACAAGGAUGAAUAAUCAAUGAAAAAGGAAUGAAGAGGUUUAUCCAUGCAAGCUUCAAACCAAAGCCAAGGAUGUCGAUCCUUCCAGGGGAGUCCAAAGUUCUCCCUUAUUUUUCUCCCUUUAUUUUGAUUUUCAAAAGUUUGCAAUUUUUUAAGUGGGGGUGGGCAAUUGCUUGCAUGUUUAGUCUAAACUUGGAGGUUCAAAUUUUGCCCAAAUUUCAAAAUUUCUAAAAAAAAUUUCCUUACAA